AUGCACGACAUCAGUUGCUCUUUUGACAUCAACGAAGUCUAUCCUAAUCAAUCCACCAUGAAAGUGAUCAUUGUCGCCCUCGCCCUCGUGGCCAUCGCCGCCGCCGCCCCUACAGAGUCCAAGAAAACACCACAGAUUCUCAAGUCGGAAUUUGAGCAUAAACCUGACGGAGGAUACAAUUUCAGGAAUCCACGCUUUAGAGCUUUACAAUAUACUGAGAGCCAUAGUGAUGGCCACAUCUGGCGAGUGAAAAAGGCAAAAUUCUUUCCCAUUAGAGACAUUCAACUCCUAAUCUUAGUAACAGAUGCUUUUACCAGGAGGAGUUUCACUAAAAAAAAAGUC